AUGCGAGCAAACCCAAUUGAGCGAAGAAAAGAAAGGGAGACUGCGCUCUCCGUGCGACAGAGGGAGUUGGAAGAGUUGCGUCAACGGAAAGCACAGCUGGGGGAGGAAUUAGGCAUGGAACUCAGUGCGUUAGAAGGUGACAAUCUUGCAGCGGCCUUUCCUGUUAUUCAAUAUUGUGGUUCGAGGCCAAAAAAGGAUGCAAAAAAGAUUCCAGUGGAGAGCCUGGGAAGUGUGAUGAACCAAUUCGAGAUUGCCAUCAAGGCAAUUUCACAGAAUAACCGAGAUAUUGAACAACAGAUUACUGACCUCAAUCGCACCAUUGGCGUGGAAGCUCAACGCUUUACCAAGUUAAAGCGGCAUUCAAAGGAACUUGCAGAUGCCACAGGUGUCAGCCUGGACCCCAAUGCUGUGCAACACCUCGCUGGUAAAUCCCGAGAUGGAGAGGACUGCAGUGGUGGUUUAAAGGAACUUGAGGAAACAACUGUGGUGUUGGAGGAACGUAAGGCUCUCGUUGAGAAAGAAAUCAGGGCUGCACGCCAGCUUGUAAAAAAGAAGGAGGAGGCUGUUCUUGCAAUGAGCAGUGCGCUGGAGUCACGCCAAGAAGAAAUUGAUCAGUUGAACAGAUUGUACAACGAUAUCCGCGUUGUAGAUCGUGAUAUCAAAUGUGAAAAGGAGACACUUCGAGAGAUAAUCAGUGAGCAUGACAUUGUGGAUACCAAACUUAAUGAAGCCAUUGAAAGAAAUGUAUCACGAACUCGUUUACUUAUUGAGCAAGGUAUUAAUGAGAUCAAGACAGAAAUUGCUGAUUCUGUGAGUGUAUCGAGGCGUGGACAAGAACGGGUAAUGAAGGCUCAAGAGUUCCGCAUUGACCAGCUUGAGAAGCGACUUGAUUGUAUUAAUAAGGCUCUGAAAAACAACCACCUCACGCGAGAUGUGGAGGCCAUUGUUUCUCACAAGUGGGCUGCGGCAGGUGAUGCUCUUGUUGCUGCAACACCUGAUGAAAGUAUGUAUGAUAUUGAGGCAAUUAUACCACCACAGGAAAGGUGCCAUCCUGCUAUAUAUAACCUUCUUCUAACUGAGAAGGAAAGGCUGGCGCGACGCAUCAGUUUACUGGGUAUCAUUGCGAAAGAAAAGAAAGAAGUAAUUGACGCUCUUGCGUGUAAAGCCGAAGCAUUGGCACGUGAGUGCCAACAAGCCAUUCAGGAGCUUGACCACGUGGCCUCUGCUGCUGCAUAUGAGGAGGAAAUGCAGCGUGUUGAGGCUAUGGAAUACAUUCAGAAACAGCGCCUUCACUACAGUGAUCUAUUCAAGGAAAUGUGGAAGCUUAAGACAAAGAAUCAGGGUCCACUGUGGAGGGCGUAUUAG